AUAUAACCUCAAAACCUGGUAAAACAUGUCAACAAGUUAUGUGUUUUCCCAUAAUUUGUUGCUUCUGAGACAUCUUUUGUUCUAAGUAUAAAGAAAAAUCGACAUUAAAAACAAUGCCGUCAGUGUUUGACACGUGGUUUGACUAAUUUACCCAGGUUUUGAGGUUAUAUUCUCAUUGUAAUAAUUCGCGCAUGUGCCGGUCUCGCGCAGCAGGAAGUACGUUUCGUGCGUGCCCUCCUAUCAUUUUGAAGGAAUUCAUAAAAAAGAAGACAAGAGUUCGUCCAUUGACUGAGGAUAUAGGUAUAUCAGUCAACGGGAUCGUAUCCGAGAACCAGGGUAUAGGAAUUAACGGACGUCUACCAUGGCGAUUAAAGAAGGAGAUGGCGUAUUUUACACGUUUAACAACAGAGACUAAGGACCCAUCUAAAAAGAAUGUCGUAAUUAUGGGACGAAGAACGUGGGAUGUUAUGCCAAAAAAAUACAGGCCUCUGAGCAACAGAAUUAAUGUCGUACUGACCAGCAAAGAUCUAAUUCUAGGAGACGAAGCACUUGUGUGCAAAAGUUUUCCUGACGCUUUGGAAAAGUUAUCCAAGAUCCCACUGACUGACAAAAUUGAAAGAAUCUGGGUUAUUGGCGGCAGUUCUGUUUAUAAGGCUGCAAUGGAAUUGCCAAACUUUCACAGACUGUACUUGACUCUGGUGAGGAAGUACUUUGAAUGCGAUACAUACUUCCCACCUAUCAGCAACGAAUUUCAUUUAGUGAAAGACCCUGAAGUACCAGAGGGGAUUCAAGAAGAAAAUGGACUGCAGUACGAAUUUAAAGUUUAUGAAAAAGCCUGACAACAAUCUUUAUAGUUUGAAUUCACCGCAAUAAAUUACUUUUAUUAUAGAAAGGAAUUUGAUGAAUUUAUUUUAUCACAUCGGAUCUGCAGUCACGAGUACUUUCGUAUCAAGAUUGCCGUAGGAGAUAACAUACGACGAUACUCUCAGGGUACACGGAGUCCGAAACUAUACAAUGAAUUGAUUAACUCUUUAUUUCCAAAAGUUUAUACCACAGAAUUUUAUAAGCUUUAUCUUUGCCAUAUACCAAAAGUGCCGAACGCUUUCGGUAUCACGAAUCGAUGACAUAAAGGUGUUUAACCCGGAGGCCAUUCCAUUUGCCUGCCACCAAGUACAUGGAUAUGCAAGUGGUAGACGGAUUGAGCUCCAUCUUUCCCAUUGUUGACCACCAAGCGGAAACCGUUGCCCAAGCCUUGCUGACUAGCAACGGUCUGCGCAACGAACAUCAAAUGACCUAGGAGUGGUUUAUCGGUCUCCUCGGCAAGAGACAGCAGUGCUAUUGGUUUUCU